UUCGUGAUGCAGAGGGGUUUUAGCCUCUUCUAAGGGUAUAAACAAUAGGUUCGCUGCUGUGAAGAGUGGUUUGAGAGGAAGAGAUUCAAGGUUUGCCAAAGCUAAGGUUUGUGGGUGAAGGCAGAGUAAAACAAGGAUUCUUUUGCUUGGUUGUAAGAUCUGUUUCUCUUUCUGUUUCUGUAGCUCUGCCAUGCUUGCAUUUUCGAGAGGCUUUGUUUCCCGUUUGCAGCGCUUUGCCGUCAAUUCACCCUCACCGCUCCGAUUUCUUAGUUCUGAUGCAGAGAUUCAGACUCGGAUUAUUGAUCCAAAACCUGGUUUGAUGACCCCUGAUUCCAAGCGAACUGGGCUUAUAGCGGUGAAAUGUGGAAUGAGUGCGCUUUGGGAUAAAUGGGGUGCUAGAAUCCCAAUCACUGUGCUUUGGGUGGAUGAUAACAUUGUGUCUCAGGUUAAGACCCCAGAGAAAGAAGGUUUUUGUUCUCUCCAGAUUGGUUGUGGACAUAAGAAGGAAAAACAUUUGACUAAGCCUGAAGUUGGUCAUUUUAGGGCGCAAGGAGUUCCAAUGAAGAGAAAGCUUAAGGAGUUUCCAGUGACAGAGGAUGCACUUCUUCCUGUUGGAACAUCACUUAAUGUUCGCCAUUUUGUUCCCGGCCAGUAUGUUGAUGUCACCGGAAUAACCAAAGGAAAAGGUUUUCAGGGUGUGAUGAAGCGGCAUGGAUUUAAGGGAGGUCCAGCAUCCCAUGGUGCUUCAUUGUCCCAUCGAAGCGCUGGUUCUGUUGGUCAUAUAACUGGUCCGGGAAGGGUUUUUAAAGGUAAAAAGAUGGCUGGGCGAAUGGGUGGAGAACAAAGAACUGUUAAAAGUGUAUGGGUCUAUAAAGUUGAUCCAGCAAGGAAUUUGAUGUGGGUGAAAGGCCAGGUCCCAGGAGCUACAGGGAACUUUGUUUUUAUAAAAGAUGCUGUAUACAAAAAACCUGACAUAUCUCUGCUUCCUUUCCCAACUUACUUUGGCCCAGAAGACGAAGAUACUGAUAAUUUGAAACCAUUGGUUGCGGAGCUAGGGGAUGUGGAUCCAUUUAUCGUUACUGAUUAAAAAGAGCUGGUUUUCAUGUUUUCUGAGUAUAGAUGGUAAAAUGAGAUUUUUGAGGAACCUUUUUACCUCUCUUUUACGGCAAUGCUACAAAUAAGUGUGGAGUUUUGGAAUUAAUGUAUCAUACCAUUUAUUCUAA